AUGUGCGGGAACAAGUCGGAGGACUUUGUGAAGAUUAGCGAUCUUCGAAAGGGACUGAUAUUCACCAACAAGAUGGAGAAAAACACGCUUCCGGACGACACGACCAUGGCCACACCGCUCGCACUCACUGAUGGCACCAUGUUACGGGAAAGCAAAAGUACAAGUGUAGCUGGGUCUCGAAAACGAAAGAGCGCAACAAGCGAUUCAGGAACCGAGACCGGUCGGUCUAAUAAGAGAUCAAAGACCUCUUAUGGAUUUUCGUAUGCCAGAAGCACCGUAACGAAAGGAAUAUCAACCGUGUCUUUGAAUGCGAUCAUCGAAGAAGAUGAAGUAUCUACCCCAGAAGCAUGGGUCCAGAACAAGAUUGAAGGCACUGUCGGUGUAAGCACAGAGUCUACUGGGGAGAAACAAAAGAGCACAGAGAACGAUGAAGUCAGCGGACGGAUCAAGAGAUUACACCUUUCAACUGCAGUAGGAGAAACAUCAAGUGUUGAUAAUGCCAAAACAGGCAGGGUUAUUGUCCAGGAUGAAAACGCCAGUUAUACACCUUUCAUAGCUGGUGAAGGUGAUAUUGAGAUCGAAUCCAAUAAUGUGGAAGCCUACUGUGAAGUAGAGGUCAAGUUUGCAGAGAUUCGGGAUCGUCACUCGUCGGCUGUGGCGACAAUACCGUAUGGAAGAUUGCUUCACGAGGUCGAAUCACCACUCGAACUAGUCACUGUUCUGCGCGAUGCGAUGAAAGCGCACUGGUCAUUAAUGACAGACGCAAAGAUAUUGCACCGUGAUAUCUCAGCAAACAAUAUCAUCAUGACGGGAUCUGAAUCAUGUAAGGACUGGAAAGGAUAUGUCAUUGACCUGGACCUAGCCGUUUUGCUCACGAAUUGCAAAUUUCAAGAGAAAAGACAGGCUAUGACCGGGACGAUGGAGUUCAUGGCACUGGAGGUUUUGAAUAGUAGUUGUGAAACUUCGGGCGCCGUUGUGGAGCAUUCAUACCGCCAUGACAUCGAGUCAUUCUUCUAUGUCUUCCUCUGGCAAUGCUUAAGCUGUGGAUGGGAAGAUGAUAAAAAUCCGAACAAAGAAUACCUUUCAAAAUGGUAUAAGGGUACAACGAAGGAGAUUCACAAGUUCAAAAAGUGUGAAAUAAGAGGAUCGACUUUCGUCGAAGAAUUGUUGCCCAAAUUCUCGAUAAGGUAUCAAAAUCUUUGGAACCUUGCAAUGGUAUUCAGAAAGAAUUUAUUCUAUCCGUACGGUGAAUUUUAUAUCGGAUAUCACAAGGACAAUAAUGUCUUAUACAACGCUACCAUGAAGUCAUUCGACGAGGCCAUCCAGUCAUUGACAAUAUUUAUUACCAAAAGAUAA